AUCUCUUUGGGGCCAAGGAUAAUAGCCUCUCGCUUCUGUGUAGAGAUUAAUAAUUGAUUAGUUCAUAGUCAGGAAUCUUCGUAAAAGGAAACCAGUUACUUUUGGCUCCCACCUUUUACAUGAUCACCUGCAGAAGCCAGGAGGUGCUGCAAGACUCCCUGGUACAAAAAUGAAGAAGGUCCUGGUACUACUCCUGCUUGCUGUGGCAUUUGGGCAUGCUUUAGAGAGAGGCCGAGAUUAUGAAAAGGAUAAAGUCUGCAAGGAAUUCUCCGAUCUGGGAAAGGAGGACUUCACAUCUUUGUUUUCCUUUUUUCUUCUCUUCCAGACCUCAGCACUGUCUGCCAAGUCCUGUGAAAGUAACUCUCCAUUCCCGGUUCACCCAGGCACCGCCGAGUGCUGCACCAAAGAAGGACUGGAACGGAAGCUCUGCAUGGCGGCUCUGAAGCACCCGCCACAAGAAUUCCCUACCUAUGUGGAACCCACAAAUGAUGAAAUCUGUGAGGCGUUCAGGAAAAAUCCAAAGGAAUUUGCUAAUCACUUUAUGUGGGAAUAUUCCACUAAUUAUGGACAAGCUCCUCUGUCACUUUUAGUCAGUUACACAAAGAGUUAUCUCUCCAUGAUAGGGUCCUGCUGUAUCUCUGAAAACCCAACUGCAUGCUUUUUGAACGAGAGACUCCAGAUUAAACAUUUAUCACUUCUCACCACUAUGUCAAAUAGAGUCUGUUCACAAUAUGCUGCUUAUGGGGAGAAGAAAUCAAGGCUCAGCAAUCUCAUAAAGUUAGGCCAAAAAGUGCCUACUGCUGAUCUGGAGGAUGUUUUGCCAGUAGCUGAGGAUAUUACUAUCGUCCUCUCCAAAUGCUGUGAGUCUACCUCUGAUGACUGCAUGGCCAAAGAGCUGCCUUUACACACAGUAAAAAUCUGCGAACAUUUAUCCACAAAGAAUUCUAAGUUUGAAGACUGUUGUCAAGAAAAAACACCCAUGGAUGUUUUUGUGUGCGUUUACUUCAUGCCAGCUGCCCAGCCCCCUGAGCUUCCAGAUGUGGAGUUGCCGACAAACAAAGAUGUGUGUGAUUCAGGAAACACCAAAGCUCUGGAUAAGUAUACACUUGAACUAAGCAGAAGGACUCAUCUUCCAGAAGUAUUCCUCAGUAAAGUACUUGACCCAACCCUAAAAAGACUUGGUGAAUGCUGUGAUGUUGAAGACUCAACUGCCUGUUUUAAUGUUAAGGGCCCUCUACUAAAGAAGGAACUAGCUUCUUUCAUUGACAAGGGACAAGAACUAUGUGCAGAUUAUUCAGAAAAUACAUUUACUGAGUACAAGAAAAAACUGGCAGAAAGACUAAGAGCAAAAUUGCCCAACGUCACACCCAAGGAACUGGCAGAGCUGGUUGACAGGCGCUCAGACUUUGCCUCCCACUGCUGUUCCGUAAACUCACCUCCUCUCUACUGUGAUUCAGAGAUUGAUACUGAAUUGAAGAAUAUUCUGUAGUCCUGAAGCAUGUGUAUUAACUUUGACCUAGAGCUGGAGCCACCCUGGGGAAUGACCUCUGAUGACUUGACCUAAGCAAAACCACUGAGCUUCUGGGGAGACAACUAGGAUACUUUCUGCUUUUUCUAGCUGCAGUGUCUUCAUACAAUGAUAAGUAUGAUGAUUUACUAUCAAAAUAAAUUGAAAUACAAUGCAAACCAUAAA